UAACGAAUUCUCAUUCGGUCUUGAUUUCUGAAUAAUAUAAAGUCUUCAAAAGUCGCUUUCCCCUUCCACCUUUCUUUCCAACGUUCACAAAGGAAGGUUGGUAUUAAAAUGGAAAGCAACCAUAGCAUGAGGCAAAACACCAUGGAAACAGAGUUUGAGGACUUGCUGCCAGUGAUGGCAGAAAAGCUGGAUGUGGAGUCCUUUGUCUCUGAACUAUGUGGAGGUUUCAAGCUUCUAUCGGACCCGGAAACUGGUUUGAUCACGAGCGAGAGUCUAAGGACAAAUUCAGCUCUUCUGGGCAUGGAAGGGAUGAGCAAGGAGGAUGCAGAGGCUAUGGUUAGACAAGGUGAUCUUGAUGGAGAUGGAAAGCUUAAUGAAACUGAAUUUUGCAUCCUCAUGGUGAGGCUUAGCCCUGGAAUGAUGGAAGAUGCUGAGUCAUGGCUGGAGAAGGCAAUUGAUGAAGAGCUUAGCAAGUCCUCAUCUUAGAGAUAAUUGGUCCCCUUUUGUAACCAAUUAAGAUGCGGACAUCAGAAUUAAAGAGCACGGAGUUGCGUUAACUUUCAGCCACAAAUUCCAACUCAGAUUCAUCAUUCAGUGGUUAAGUAUAAAAGGAUAAAAGUUAAAAGAAUGAUGGAUGGUUUUUGUUAUUUUGUUUUGGUGUUUCAAACCAAUUUUGGUUGUUUCAAUUUCAAUGACCGUUGGUUGGUUUUCGUUA